AUGAUACCCCAUCACCAGCCACACAUCGAACAAGUAGGUAACAAUCUCAACUUAACUUGCAUAUACCGGUUCAACAGCGACGAAGAGAAAAUGUCAAUUAACAUAACGUGGAUACUGCCCCCAUACCAAGAAACAACGAAACGUCGUUUAGGUUACAAAGUCGAGAGGAAUACAACUCACUUGACAUCGGCGAUGACAUUAGAAGAGACCGGACCCACCGACACGGGAUAUUAUCGAUGCUUUGUCCGCUCCGAAAUCCAAAUCGCCCACUACGUCUACUUUUACAGGGAAUGGCCACUAGUUUUCACGGAGACGGAAAACAUUGUUGGCAAGUUAGAUCGUCUCGCUUUUGACACAUAUACAUAUACGACGUUGGCGGGUGAGCCUCUCGACAUCCCGUGCAGACCAACCCACCCAAAUGUCAUCGUUUCACUGUUCCGCGCAACGCUAAUGCCAAACGAUGAACUGCAAUGGAACUUGAUUGAACUUUCAAGUGAUUACGGAAAUGCCAGUUGGUUGCUGAAACCUUUGCCAGAACGUGGACUGAGGUUAACCAAUACGAAAUUAAGCGACAGCGGAAGAUACAAAUGUGUCGGCACCAAGAACGAACCUACGCCAACUGCUCGACCCACCGAAAUCGAAUUUUACAUUUUCGUCAACGGAAUAGAAAUCGUUAGGGUUGGGGAUCCAAUCGAAGGUAACAACGUGAGUCUCAUCUGUAAAGCCGUCUACCUAAGUGGUCGCGAUACGCUGGAAUCUUGGAAAACCGAUUGGUUUUACUUCAACAAUGAAACCGGCCAAGAACAACUGGUUAAUCAAUUCAACCUUCCUAAAGGUAUGCGAUGGUUAAAGAAUGGAGAUGCCAAUAGCGUGAAACCAAUCCCCUUUCCUGGUGGAAUUUUUGUGUACCAGUCGCCCGAAAGUCACUUGCACCUGCUAAGAAUUGGCCUCAAUACGCCCACGCACUUUCAAUGCAGAGCCAGUGCCAAAGGUCGCAUCAUUUCUAAAUCCAUUGCUUUGAUAGUUCAAGAAAUCGGCUCAAUGGAUAUAAAACUAAGAAGAGGAAUAGCUCAAAAUUUGACUUGCCAUCGAUACGCUGAUGACAUCCACAUCCAAUGGUUCAAGGAUGACAAGGAAUAUUCUGGAUUAAUCUAUAUGAACGAUACUUCAUCAAUUAUACCAUUAAAUGGACGUGAUGGACAAAAUGGACGUUAUUCUUGUCGCUGGAACAACAGCCGAGGGGAUAAGAGAUUUCGAAAUUUUAGUUUUCCUGACGAACCAGAAUCUAACGGUACUGUCAUUGCUGUCUGCAUAUCUGUUGUGACGUUAAUUAUAACUGGAAUUGCAAUCAAACAAUACGUCGACAAGAAAAAUCUGGAAAAAGAGAUUAAGGGAAGAUUAGAUGGAAAUCCUGAUGGCAUCGAUCCAAAUUUGCCAAUCGAAUAUCAAACUGAAUUUCUACCUUACGACAAACGCUGUGAAUUUACAAAAAGGCGCCUCAGACUCGGAAAACAAUUGGGAAAAGGAUGUUUCGGAGAAGUUUACAAAGCCAAAGCUGUUGGACUCAAAGGAUCGGAUAAACAUGUGACAACAGUGGCUGUCAAAAAGGUUCUAUCGACACCCCAAUUUCAAAUGAAAUCAAACACGGCCGCAUUAGACGCUUUAAUUAAAGAAUUGAAAAUUCUAAAUUACUUGGGAUCGCAUUUAAAUGUCGUCAAUUUACUGGGGGCCUGCACCAAAGACAUCAUCAAAGGCGAACUCUGGUUGAUUAUCGAUUAUUGCCGCUUCGGCAAUUUGCAAUCCUAUUUGAUUAAACAACGCAAUACUUUUGUCACACAAUUGGACGAGUUUGGUGACCUUCAACUGUUAAAUGAAUCGUUGGAAAUUAACGAGACUCACAGUCAGGACAGUGACUCUAGUGCAAAGCCUGGACCCUCAGAUCAUUCUGUACCUCCAGCAGAAUCGACCAGCGACGAUUCAAUUUCUUUCGAAACGGAACCCUUUUGGAAAUAUGGAGAAAAUCCAGACGCUGUUACCACUGGACCCAUUUCCACUUGGAAUUUAAUCAGCUUUUCUUUGCAAAUUGCCAAGGGGAUGGAAUUUAUUGCUAGCAAAAAGGUACUCCAUGGCGAUUUGGCGGCUCGCAAUGUCCUUUUAGCCGAUCAUGGAAUUGUCAAAAUUGCAGAUUUUGGAAUGGCCAAACAAAUGAUCAAUUACAUUUACGAACAGAAGGGACAGGGAUUACUACCAGUUAAAUGGAUGGCAAUUGAAUCGCUGACGGAUCACGUAUUUUCCAGUCAAUCCGAUGUGUGGUCUUACGGCAUUGUUCUAUGGGAGCUCUUUGCCCUGGGCAGAAUUCCUUACCCAGGUAUGAACGGCCUUAUACUCGUCAAAAAUAUUCUAGAAGGACUACAAAUGGAGAAACCAGAUAACGCGCCAAAUUUCUUUGGAAAAAUUAUGAAAAGCUGUUGGAACAAAGAACCAAACGACCGACCAACGUUUCAACAGCUGGCCAACACCAUCGAGAAUUACAUGGAGCCAUUCGUUAGCUCUGCCUACUUGGAUACAACUUUCAUAGAAAACAAUGCCAACUAAGACUUUGGUGACUCUUCCCUCGGAAUGAUUUGCAAUGAAAUUUCAAGGACACGAAACCAUUUCUAUGUAGCCCCACCUCUUCUUUAGAGAAAACCGUUUAACGAUUGUUGAAGAAAAAGAAACAAAAGAAUGAGCACGUUUCUCAAUUAGUUGUUGCACACACUAAAAAAACAAUUCACUUUCAAUUGGGAAAUAAUCUUUAACAAAACCCAAU